GUGCCAAUGCGUGGACGCCUUUGCUCAGCACCCGUGACUUUCUGGCGUCAGGGGAUCUCUAUUUGAGCCCCUUCCACUCAGUUGUUAAAUAGCUAGUCUGGGGGGUGCCAUUCCUGACGUGAAGCUUUAAGGAAUGGAAGUUUUGUUCGGUUGAAGCCAAUGCUUUCCGUUGAUGAGUCGUCAGAGAAUUGCUCAAGCUUGGGGCAUACGAGGCUCAUGGGCUCACAUAAGAGAACGUAAAUGAAAUAGAACCAGAAGCUGGUCAGGCGCUUGCACAAUUGGCUUUCAUCCAUCAACAGAACUCAAAAUGGCGGGCAGAGGGAGAGGUCGGGAGAUGACCAUGCCGGCCUGGAUGAAGAAGGCAGAAGAUGCAAAUGGUGCUGUUGGAAUGCCUCAUCAAAACGGCCAACCCCAGGCAACCCCAUUUCAGUCCCACACCGCUUUUGGGGCUGGGCAGUACCACCAGCCGGGCUUUGUUCCACCCCAGGGGAAUGGCUUCCAAGGCCAGCACUUCAGAGGCUAUGCAGGGGUUCAAGGUGGAGGCCCUGCAUUUCCCCCCGGCCCUCCCAUCGGUGCACUUUCUCCCUACACCGCUGGCGCGCCCCCUCGGCAACAGGGCCUCCCAAACCCACCCCCGUACUCACAACCACCUCACGGCCAGCCUUGGCCCCAUGCCCAGCCACCUCACGGUCAAGCAGGGUUAAGCGCUACCCCUCAGCAGCGGCAGAGUGCAUUCGCACCUGGCCCAUGGGCCCCGGAGCAAGCAGGGGGAACAGGCGCCGAAGGCCAGCCAAAGAAGAGGUCGCGGUGGGACCCUGCUCCGGAGAGGGGACCGCAGGAUCCAAUGGAGGAGGCAGUCACUGCAGCGGUGCUGAAGGAACAGGAUGCAAGUCUGGAAGGUACUUUGAGAACGAGCCAACAGAGCGGCCAGUGGAGCGACGGGAACGAUCCCUUGAGGAACCAGCAAGAUCCCACGGCCCUCAAGGAGAAGCUUCUGAAGAUGCAACAGGAGCAACGGGUCGAGCAGGCCACCAAGCGGGGCGUUGUGGAGCAGCCCGUCGGGAAAGGCAUGACCGACAUCGGCAACGGCUACGGCGUUCCGGGCGGCGGCAGCUACGACCCCGCGCGCGCCCAGAUGUUCUCGCUCCCCUCGUCCGUACUUCCCUCAGGGCCUCGUCCGACCGGCUUCUCCCCCGCGCUCCAGCCAAAAGGCCCCGGACCUGCGGCGAGACCCGCUCAAACAGGGCCUCAGAACGGGAGAGGCCCUGUGCACGGCCCGGACGCUCGGAAUGGCGACGCGAGCGCCUCUACCAGUGGGUCGGAGGGUGGGGGAACAGGGCCCGGGGGAGAUCUGCCGGAGUAUCUGAAGCGGAAGCUGAAGGCACGGGGGAUUCUGAAGGAGGGGUCGGCUGAAGGGGGAGCGAGGGCGCCUGCAGCGACACCGACUGCCAGCUCAAACGCUCAAACACCGCUACCCCCGGACUGGGUUGAGGGCAUCGAUCCCGCCACUGGCGUCCCUUACUAUUUCCACACCCCUUCGGGAAAGAGCCAAUGGGAGCGCCCGGCUCCGCCGGCAAGCCGUUCUGGGGGGGUCUCGUUGCCCCCGCCGCCACCCCCCCCGAAGCUUCCUGGCCUCCCUACGGGGUGGAAGGAGGCAGUUGACAGCGAAACAGGCCACAAGUACUACUACCACGAUACGACUGGUGAAACCACCUGGGAGCGGCCAAAAGGCCCUGCCGCAGCCCCGAACGCUCAUCCGGCGCCGUCCGAAAAGAGCGCUGCGCCCGAAAUUGUCACGUCCGAAACGUCCGCGUCCAAAUUCAAGAAGUGCGCACACUGCGGAGGAUGGGGCCGGGGGCUUGUCACGGCCAACGGACAUUGCAAUCAUUGCUCUAGGCUUCUGGGCAUUGCCGUCCCCGAAAGCAGCCCCGGUGUCAAGCGCAACCACUCGGAAAAGAAGCCGGAGCCCACGACGCCAGAGGAGAACGGGGACUCGGACUUCAAGUACAAAUGGCAGGAAGACGUGGCAAAAGCAAACGAAGAGGAUCAAGCUAGCAAGCGGCCAAUGAACCGCGCCGAGAGGCGGGCCGCUGCGGCGGCGGCGGCGGGCGGCAAAGAGGGGGGCAAGGUCGAGACUGCGGUGAAGACUGAGGCGCCCAGAAAGCCACCCCCGGGACCGUCGAGACCGGCCCCGACAGGAGGAGCCCCCGGGAAGAGGAGGCGGCCCGCGGAGGACGCGGGCGUGCUUGACCCAAUGGACCCCAGCUCGUACUCGGACGCGCCGCGGGGGGGCUGGAGCACGGGGCUCAAGGGGAUCGCCCCACGUGCGGCGGACACGACUGCAACGGGUCCCCUGUUCCAGCAGCGGCCGUACCCAUCGCCCGGGGCUGUCCUCCGAGCGAACGCCGAGCGGAGUCAGCAGGGCGGUCCACCACCGGUAACCACGGCCUUUGUGCCUAUCCAGAAAAGCAGAGACGGCAGCGACGGGCUGGGAGAGGCAGAUUAGUGUUUGUUACGUUCUUCUCGUUCGACUGGAGUAAUAUCGUGUCAAAGCUGAGAGUUUGUACUAAUCAUGGUGAUCUUAAUUGCAAUCAUGCUGACCGAGUCGUUUUCAGCAUGUCCAGACACUAGGCCAGCCUAUGUCAUCUUGUCGGUGGUCAAAAGCGCAUGCCAGAGUGCCCAAAUCUGUAGAACGUACUGGAGUCAAGAAGAAGAGCUCGAUGCAUCAUGCAGCGGCAACACACUGACCUGUUAAGAUAUUCAGCCUGCAUGGCAGGCAAUCAUGAUACG